AAUUGUUAAUUCCCAACACUUGAAUGACCCCUUCACUUUUUUUUUUCUGGGGAAAGUGAAUAGGUCAAGAUUAGUUCAGUGGCCUCUACUCUAUCAUCUCUAUCACCAUAAGCAACUCAGGAGCAGAAGAGGGUUUCUAACUGAGAGCCUGAUGUCUCCUAAUGGCAAAGAAAUUGCGUGUCAAAGUGUAGCUCUGGAUGUACUUAGUAGCCUUCCUGAGAAUGUAAUUCAUGAUAUUCUUAAAUUUUUGCCUUUACGAGAUGUGGUGCGGACAAACAUCUUAUCCACGAAAUGGAGAUAUAAGUGGUGCAGAAUUCCUCAAUUGGAACUCCACAUAGCACCUUGGCUAGUAGAGGACUUGAGAUCUUCUUCAAUUCAAUUUAAUAAAAUUUUAUAUCACCUUUUAACCUUUCAUGCCGGACCAAUUUCUAAGUUUAUCUUCUCCCUUUAUACUAAUGGAAGAGGUCGUCCUGAGCUUGACAAGUUGGUAUAUUUCCUCUCUAGGAAUGGAGUUCAGCAUCUCGAUUUUACAUUCUGUGGGUGUAGCCAAUACAAAAUGCAUUCUUCUUUUUUUACAUGUUCGCAAUUGAGGUAUCUGUCUCUCUCUGGUUGUGAAAUACAGAUUGUUCCUCCUGCCUUUAAAGGAUUUCACAAGUUAAUUAGCCUGAAAUUAUCUGAAGUCACAAUUUCUUCCAUAGUUCUUGAAAGUUUAAUCCCUAAUUGUCCAUUGCUCGAGCAGUUGGUGUGCGAUGGUGUUGCCAUCGAUGACCCUGAAAUUAGUGCUCCCAUGCUGAGAUCCUUUGAAUACAUCGAAGAUGAAGGAUUUAUAUGUUUAAAAAGUGCCCCCUAUCUUGCAAAACUUUCACUUACGCAUAUGAAAUAUCACGUGGGGACAGGAAGUUUUCUUGAGUCUUUCUCUGCUCUUGAACAUCUCAAGUUGAAUCGGUUUAGUCUUAAGUUUGUGGUUGCAGUAGCAAAAAAAGUACCAGCAAGGCUCCCUUUUAAUCUUAAAUGCGUCAAACAUCUUUGCUUAGAUUCGAUUCUUCUGAAGCGAUUGGAUAACGUCUUGUGUGUUCUUUGCUUGUUAAGAAGCUUCCUGCAUCUGCAAUAUUUUGAAAUCCAGGUGAUUGAUGAAGAUGAUGAAAUUCCAGAACUAGAAUGUCUUAAUUUGGAAGCUUUCUCAGAUGUGACAUUUAUUCACCUUAGGGAAGUUAAGCUAAUACAGACUAUAGGCUCAGAGCCUGAGUUGCAGCUUAUCAAGCUUUUGUUGGCCAAGUCUCCCAUGCUGGAGAGAAUGCUAAUUCAACCCUCGAAAACAGGUGGUCAUGCUAGCAGAACAAUCACAAUCCCCAUUGUGCUAAACUCAUUUCGGCGUGCAUCACCUGAAGUACAAGUUGUUUAUAAUUUAUAAUUAUUAUGGUGACUAAUCUGUUUCGUUAUGAAUUUGGUAUUACAAUGUUGUUGACUGAUCAAUGAAAUGAGUCUUACUUCAUGAAGUAUAUAAGAUUUGAUGGUGUUAUCGUCCCCUA